AUGUUCGGUGGGGUGCUGGAGACAAUCCGGCUGUUCGAAGCCGAUAUCGAGCACCACAUAGACAACAUUGUGCAGCAAAAGUUGCUGGUGGACGUCACCAACGUGCGCCACCAAACCCUGCGGGAUCAUUUCAUCGUGCGGCAGGCGGAGGCAAUCGGCCCAAUCGCGGACAAGCUGCUCGACCUCUACUUUGAUCAGGACGACAUCGUCACCGCUCAGGAGGCGCCGUCGGAGGGUGACGACGUGCUGAACGCCGCGCUGAAGGAAUUUGAGGCGCAGAUCGCCGACAUCCGCGAGUACCACCGCACCUUUCGAGACUUGCCACCGGUGCGAAGUGAGCUCGACCACCCUGAUCCUGCCUCACUGGAGGCGCUCUUCAGCGUCGCGGAGCGCUACGGCAGCUGCCUCGACAUGGAGCCGCACUACCACCGCUAUAGCAGCUUCAUGCUGGCGACAAGUAAGCGGGCGCAGGAGGCGAACGACGCUAUUGGGAGUACCUGGGAAGGGCGCGUGGAGUACUUCGCAUUCAUUCCAGCGAUACCGAACAUCAUUCUCAAUGACAUCGACGCGCACCGAAAGGUUUACGGCUUCGAGUUAUAUAAGGAGUUUGUGGAGGAAUUGCUAAUAUACCUCAUCGACUUCUACGGGCGGGUGAAGGUUAUGGAGAAGGAUGUGUUGCUUGCAUCACUCGCCAGGUGCGAGACCGACGCAGAGGAGUUCUGGUCUAAGCUAUUGGAAUGCAAGAAAGAUGUAGUGAAGAGCGCCAGCAGUGGUGACGGUGCACCUUCUACAGAGAAGUGUGCCUCUUCACUGGUUGUGCCGCCGCCGCUACGAAAGUACAUCAAGGCGUUUGGGUUGUGGCCAGUGACCCACGUGGAGACCCUGGCAAAGGAGAGCGACGAGGCACAAACUUCACCGUCCCUUUCUGAGAUCAAAGCUGUGAUUCUGGCUGAGGGUAAAGUUGUCAUGUUGUUGCAGACGUUGUUGUUUGAGACCUUGCAAGAGACAGCCAAGGUGCUUCUGCGCGACUAUAGCAAGACUGUGGAGGAACUAGAGUGGGAGCGGAAGCACCUGGAAGAAGAGUUUAUUCGCUCUGUGGAGGAGGCACGUAAGAAAUGUGCAACAACUGUGGAGGGCAGCGUCGCGCAGGCAGCCCAGUACGACGUCAUAACCACACUGGGUCAGGUCAAUGCAAGCAACGAGGCAAAAAAUAAUGACGCGGCAGUGGACGACACGAAUGGGCAGCUGUUGGACCGCGAUGGGAAGCCGGUAGCACGGUGGUUGUUGCAGCUUCAGCAGCUCCACAAGAAGUUAUACUGUGAGGUGUGCGGUGGCACAGUUUACAUCGGCCCAAAGGCCUUCAAGGACCACUUUGGCGCAGAGCGUCACACAGAAGGACUUCGGCGGCUUGGAGUCAUGCUGCACUUGAAGGACUACGAGGGAAUUUCUUCUAUCCGAAAGGUUAUUGAGAUGCGUGACAAGGUGAUGAGCAAAUCCACGAACCUUCGUAAGCGUCUUCACGAGGAUCAGGAGGGGGAGGAGAUGCAAGACGCACAGGGCAACGUGAUCACAGCGGGGGCAUACAAACGAUUCCAGAUAUCCCGGAAGGGUACAUAA